AUGCCUACCGACUUUGUGGAUCUCCUGCUCCGUCUGGAAGACCAUGACAUAAUCCCAUCUUGUCUGAGCGCUGAGCGUCAUAAACCACGAGACUUUCUCCUGCAUUAUCUGGGCUGCGAGCAGUUCUUCCAGCGCGAAGAAUACCUCGCCUCGCUCAGCGCCAACCAGGCGAGACAGGUUCAUGCCAAGCUCCAGCGUAUCCAAUACCUUCGCAAUGCUAUGUUCAACGACAUUGGAGAGGGACGCAGCCUGGUGCAGAACCUAACGAGCAGCCUAGAGAGAUGGAGAGACACCAAGGACUUCCAGGAAGGUAUUGAUCGUGUCCGAGAGCUGCGAACUUUACAUUUCGCCACAAAUGGUAUGGCCCAAAAGGAUGUGCGCAUUUCCACGCGUGGAGGGGAGUAUAAUCCAGAUAUCGAUACCAAUGCCUAUAUGGUUCGCUUCAGAAACGGGCGUCUAGUUCACGACACCAUGGACUCGAGGUUUCAGGAGCAGUUUCCAGCCCACAGAGUUUCCGUCCAGGACCUCAUCUAUGGCAGAGAGGACGAGAGCCCGCUGAACGCGCCCGAAGAGACUAUCAACUAUUUCCAUUUCCCCGCAAAUAACAUGUUUCGCGCGAUCACUCGAUACCUGAGAAACAAGCCAACUUCUCCUCGUCCUUCGCAGAGCAACGAAGUACUGGAAGAGUCACCAGCAGGCAUCAACCGUGACCGGAAAAUAUCUACGGCCGAUGUGCGAAGCUGUCUCUACGGCUGCAGACAUAAGAAAGUCCCUUCAGAAGGACAAGAUGGUAUCGCUUUGUUUAUGCCCUACUUGCACUGGGACACAGCACGUCACCAGGGAAAGAUCUCACAGGCGGUGUAUAAAGAGACCGAGAGGCAAAGAAAGGAAAAGCUUCAGCAGGAGCGCCAGUUGGCGGGCAUGAGGAGGGUGAGACACCGUGGCCUCCAGCUUCUCAACGCACAGAGCCGACAGCCCAACACGGCGUGGCGUCUCGAGAAUAGGACUGUCAGUGGUCGUCCAGACAUCAAACCCACAACGACCCGACCGGCGACACCACCAAGGAGGACAGCGACUGGGGUCUUUGCGAAUAUCAUGAAACGCCACGGGCGGUUCAGAAAAGUGCCUCUCUGGUCCGUCUUCACCACUGACGAUCAAAACCGCGUGGUUGCGGGGUCAGAGCUCGGCCAGGUGCUUUUCGACGCGGCUAUGCUGUACGAGGCCAUGUCCACCUACCGCGAGAAGGCCCUGAUCCAGAAGUACCUACACGAGGAUCCUCCGCUCCACCCACGGCGUACCCUGGAGCAGACCAACGAGUGGACGCUGAGCCUUUCAUGGCAUGCAAGUGCUCGAGACCAGGUAGUUCACCGUGCGACCCGCCCCAAGCAGCUUGACUUCCACUCGGUGGACCCGUUCACCAAGGAGUGGCGCGAUAGGGUCCGCAAGAUCCCUCGUGUCAUGAUGAUUGACCAGCUCUGGAUGUGGAUUCUAGACGACCGGACAAUCAUCACAUGCUUCCCUGACCAGGGAGAUGUAACCGGGUCCAAUAAUGGACCAGGUAUACAUAAGAAUAUCAGGGACGCGUUUAUAAAGACCGGCAAAGGCCAGAACAAGACUGUGUUCGACGUAGCCCUGGUCAUUCUGGGCGAAGCACUGAUAUCACGCGCAUCUUUAUAUGCAGUCAAGGCAAAUAUGGAAAUUAACCUUGACUCAAUUUUCAGCCACAAGAUGGUCAGAUUGGAGUUCUGCCAAUAUUCAGAGAAGCCAUUCGAGAUGUACAAGCACUCGUUUGGUGCCGAGCAGUACUGGGAGUGGGCCAGGAUCUUCUCGAGACUCGCACACACCGACGUCGAUAACGGUCUGAGUGACCUCAUAGUACCAUUCCUCGAUAUUGGCAAAGAAGGCGAGUUGCAGGGGCAAAUCAAAAGUAUCGUCCGAGACCUAGAGAUCAUGUUAAGAAUCUCCAUCGAGCAGAAGGAAGUAGUCGAGAAGUUUGAGAAGACAAUGCUGCAGCUCGCCAGGGGCAGGCCUACCCCAGACGUCGAUCCGUUGCUCAUGGAGAUACAUAGCAACGUUGAAGAUCUGGAAGACAUGCGCAGGUCAGCUAAUGACAUCUCCGCGAGCGUAACUGUCGUGCAGGCAUGGCAAUCGAUGAAGCAGGGCGAGGAUACUCAGCGACAAAACGUCACUCUUCUUGUCUUCACGGUCGUGACCGUGAUCUUUUUGCCAAUGUCAUUCAUAUCAAGCGUCUUUGGUAUGAAUAAUAAGGAAAUUGCAGGCCCAGAAGCCCCAAUGACACUGAGCGAACAGUUCAAGUGGAUGAUCCCAAUGUCGUUUGGCAUAGUCGCCAUAACUUACUACACCGCCUUUGGGAGCCCUGCGAGGAUGUCACGCGACCUGUUCAGAUGGGUCUAUAUCAAGUGUGGCAUGUAUCGACUCUUCGCCCCAGCCGACCUGACGAUCAGAGGUCUGAGGGAUCAAUACAUGGACCGCUCAAAAAAGAAGGAAAAGGAGCAGGAAUGGGUCCGACGCCGAUCGGAACAGAUGGCCAGAGACGCCCACGAGAGGAGACAGGCGACAAGACGUGCAGCUAUCAUUGACGACACGUCCAUCUCACCAGACACACCAACCGUCACGCCGGCGCUUCCAACACCUCACUCUCAUCAACAGACCGGAAUGCUUGCUGUCUACCAAGAUCUCAAUACUACAGGUUCGAAGCGCUCACGCAUUGCAGAUAUAGUAUAA